AUGGGUAACUCAACAGGAAGCACUGUGGACGACCUGCAGGCGGUGGAGAUGCACCUCUGGUACAAGAAGUUCAUGACCGAGUGCCCCUCAGGUCAGCUCACCCUGCAUGAGUUCAAGCAGUUCUUCGGGCUGCGAGGCCUGGAUCCAGAGGCCAACGCCUACAUAGAGCAGAUGUUCCGCACGUUCGACAUGAACAAGGACGGCUACAUAGACUUCAUGGAGUAUGUGGCAGCUCUGAGCCUGGUGAUGCGAGGAAAGAUGGAGCACAAGCUGCGCUGGUAUUUCAAACUUUACGACGUGGAUGGAAACGGCUGCAUUGACAGACACGAGCUCCUCAACAUCAUAAAGGCCAUUCGUGCAAUCAAUGGGAAUGAAAGUCAGGAAACAAGCGCUGAGGAGUUCACCAACCGUGUGUUUGACAGGAUUGAUAUAAACGGCGAUGGCGAGCUUUCCUUGGAGGAGUUUGUGGCCGGUGCUCGCAGCGACGAUGAUUUCAUGGAGGUGAUGAUGAAAAGUCUGGACCUCACCCACAUUGUGGCCAUGAUCCACAACAGGAGGCACAGCGUUUAG